AUGGAACAUCAAAAGUCUAGGUAGGAUAACAUAGUCUAGCCCAAAUCUAGACAUUUAAUUGUGAUGAAUUAAUUAAAGAAAAAAGAAGAAAAUUGGAAUCACAGAUUUUAUGUAUCAAAGUAACUUAAAAAUGAGUCAGUUGAGAAAUUUUAACCUAAAUUAAGUUAAUUAUAAGCGAAAUUAAUUGAGGUCUAAAAUUAUUACGAUAUUCCAGAAUUUCAUAGAUAACUUUUCUUGAUGUGUCUAAAAACACUCCCAAAGAUUAACCAAGCUAUUCUAUUCGAAAUUGAAGAAAUCUAAUUAAAAAAAUCGCAUAUUCAAUAAUGCAUGCAAGCAGUUGAAUCUAGAGAAAGAUGUCUGAGUGCACUCUUAAAACAUAUCCAAUUAAUUGAAAACAAUCCUGGAGAUGAACAGUUAAUAUCUAAAAGUGCAGAGCUGAUCACUCAUUUAAGAAUACUCUCAAUUAAUGUUGUAGAACAAAUAAUUGGUUGGAGGUAGUAUCUAAUGAAAUUUUUGGUUAACAUUCAUUCCACAGAGAGCAUCUCGUUGCCCUACACUUACUAUAAGGAGAAUUAUCUGAUCAAGAUGAAAAAAGAUGUAUUAUACAUUUAAAAUUCCACACUUUCAAACUAUUAUUAAUUUUCAAAGCAAUCUGAUCCCUUUUUUGUUGCCAUAACCAGACCGGCUACUGAUCUAAAUAAAAUUGUAUAAUUCAUAUCGAAACCUCUACUUAAAAGGAUAAAGAAUUGCGAACUACUAAUCUAAGAAGAGGCCUCUUAGAUGUAAAAAGAGGACAAGUCAUUCUAUAAUCAACUGAAUUCAAGAGAUUAAAUUAAGAUGACUAAGCCUCCAAAAAGAUCGAAUCUAAGUUAGAAUCAAAAUAGGGUGCUAAUUAAAUAGUUGGAUCCAACAGACUUUACAAAUUAAACAUCUGGUUCUGUAUCUAAGAUCAACCCAUAAAAAUAGUCCACAUAGUCUACCAAAUAAGCACAGGAAAAUCAAUUUAAAUAGGAAUUGAUUAAAAUUUCAAAUGAAUAGAUUUAAAAGACUUAAGGUAGAUAAUAAUUAUAAAUCCCAUCUGUUUAAUAAAGUGCUGAUAAAAGAAAUAAAGAUAGUUCCUUAGACUAAAAAAACAAAGAUAGUAGUAAAAUUAACUCUCCUAAGUCUUUAACUUAAGUUGCAACUCAAAAUGAAAAUGAAAUUAAAAUACUAAAAUGCUAAUUAAAUGAUACUUUGGUAGAAAACUAUUUAAAAGAUAUAAGCGAUGAUUUUAAAAAGUCCUGGAGAGGGGAAAUAGCAUAAAUGCUGCAUCAAUAUUAAUCAUAAGAGGAGAGCUUUUGCUUAGGAAUAUAUUAAAAUAAUAAAUUAGUAGGAUUUGGAUAGUGCUUUUUAGAUCCAUCUUUAUAAGAAAGAAAAUUAAUGUUAAGUCAUUUUUCUACAGCAGAAUAUUCAUAGUUCUAAGAAUAUCUAAAAAUGAUUUUAUAAUUUAUUUGGGAUUUAGAUUCUUGUUAAGAAAUUAGAAUGUCAUUAUACCAUUAUAAUUAGAAUGAUUGUUUUUAGGCAAAUAAAGAAAUCACAACAAAAUUAAAAGAGUUGAAUUUUAAAUGGAAAGUUGUAUAAAGUGUGAAUUCAGAAACAAGAUUCACAGUUAUGGCAAUCAGAAGACCUGCAGAAUUAAAGAUCACUAAAUAGUAUGAUCCAAUAUUUCUUCAGCAUCUUUUUUAUACGACAGAGAAUACUCAAACUAAAAAUGAGAAUUAAUUCUUUUCACUGAGUGGUUUGACGAAUCUUAAUACAAAAGUAGAUUUUUAGGAUCAUCAAAUCAACUCAAUUAAAGACAUUCUUUCUGCAUCAGCAUAUCAAUUUAAAGGAAUCAAGUUGUAGGAAUAAACUAGAUAGGCAUUUCACGACUAUAUUUAUGAAUCCUUUGAGCAUUUGAAUGAAAUCAAUCCCUAUAAUAAUGAUAUUCAGCAAUUGCAGGAAUAAGUUAUUAGUAGUUUCAGCAAAGAAUGUUAUAGAUGGUCAAAAUUUAAAUUAGCCAAUCAUAACAAAUUGAUUUACAAUAGUUUUCGACCGGAAUCAAAUAUAGAUCAUGCAAAGGUUUUCAUGUCUGAGUCUGGAGAUAUUAAAGUUUAUAUAAUAGCUACGGAUCAAAGUAAUACCAGUAUCUUUGUAUUUGAAUAUUAAGAGGAAUUAAAUUUGCAAAAAGUGUAAUCGAUUUUAAUCUAAUGCGGAAUGCAAGUUCCUAUAGAUUAGAAUCUAAAUAUACCUCAAUUUACUUUGAACUGCAAAGCUUAAGUCCAAGAUAAUAUUAUGGGAGUUGGCAGAUUUAGCACAGCCUACCGACCAAAAAUGAUGGAUAUUCAUAAUGCUGAAGGUUUAAUAAUUAAGCCUCCAUUUGUAUUCGGAAUUAUAAACGAAGAUUUUAAUGAACUAACUAAUAUGCCUAACUUAUUUUUUAGGGUUGAAGAACAACAUUGUCUAUAACUUUGA